UGUCGUUGUAUCGGCAGAAGGUCUAAAAAUGCUAAAAUAAAAAGUUUCAGAAUUUUUUUAUUUCGCGUAGAGUGCGCCGAAUUAGUAUAUAUUCUUAGCUUAUUAAAUAUUAAUAAUUGCAUCAGCACGAAGGCGCAAUGAAGGAAGGUGGUCAUAUAACGCUAACGCUCUCGACGGGAUCGCCGACUUCAGUGGACGAGCGGGGAAGGAAGAGCCUGCGGCGGGCUUGGAAUCAGUUGCCGCGGUGUCAGCGUAAUCUCAUUAUUCUAGGCAUAACUGCAUUUUGUGUGACGGUGUUGCUCUGCUUGAGUGGCGAUCAGUUGUUGGCCGCCAGUCUAAGGGAUGUGGACCAGAAGGCCGUGGUGGCUCCAUAUCAAAUGCCCCAACCAAAUCCGCACCAUCAUCCCGGAAUUAAUAAGAAUAUCCCCGAUGACACUGCAGCGGAUCCUGCUCUGGAAGAUAAAAGACCACCCCGGGCGGAGCCUCUUAGUGAUAAGUUUAAUGAUAUUGCCUACGGUGAAGCGAACUCAGCUGAGAACGUGGUUCGUCUGCCAGAGACAGUGGCUGCCCAAGGACCACCGCAGGCAGUAGCCUUGCCUCCGCCGGAGAAUAAAAGGGAGCAGGAAAUGGGAGGAAUCGACAUCCUAAACAAUGUGGAGGAGCCCGUCGCACAGGAGCCAACGGAGCCGCUUAGCGAACGUGAGCAGCUCGAUCAGGCUAUAAAGAGUCCACUGAAUCUGGGUGGGGUCAGCUUCAAAGAGCACCUUAAAAAGAUUAAGCCUAUCCUGGCCAAGGGUCAGCACUUCCAUGGAGCCACCAACGAACGACAGUCAGCGGUGGUGACCGCCUUCAAGCACUCCUGGGCGGGCUACAAAAAGUACGCCUGGGGACAUGACAACCUGAAACCCAUCUCCCAAUACUCCCACGAGUGGUUUGGUCUGGGACUAACCAUUGUAGAUUCAUUGGACACUAUGUACAUCAUGGGACUGGAUGACGAAUUCAAGGAAGCACGCGACUGGGUAGAGCACUCACUGCGUUUUGAUACUAAGCGCGAUGUGAACCUCUUCGAGGUGACCAUAAGAGUCCUUGGCGGAUUGCUGUCUGCCUAUCACUUGAGCGGCGACACAAUGUUUUUAGCUAAGGCAGCGGAAUUGGGAAACCGUUUAUUGCCCGCCUUCCUAUCUCCAUCAAAUAUUCCAUAUUCGGAUGUUAACCUUGGUGAUCUUUCGGCACAUUCACCCAAAUGGUCACCAGAUAGCUCCACCAGUGAAGUCACCACCAUUCAGCUUGAGUUUCGUGAUUUGAGUCGGUCCACAAACAUUUCUGUUUAUGAACAGGUCGCUCACAAAGUAAACGAAAAGGUCCAUGAUUUGGAUAAAAACCAUGGACUUGUACCCAUAUUCAUCAACGCCAACACAGGAACUUUCCGAAACUAUGCCACCAUUUCCCUCGGUGCACGCGGUGAUUCAUACUAUGAGUACUUACUAAAACAGUGGAUACAGACAGGUCGCAAGGAUAACGAUAAUCUCAUUCUGGAUUAUAUGCAAGCAGUGGAUGGAGUACUAACACAACUGAUGCGACGUACGCCACGCGAGCACUGGGUUUACAUUGGCGAGCUGAUCAAUGGCAAAGAUUUCAAGCCAAAAAUGGACCACCUCACGUGUUAUCUGCCUGGCACUUUGCUUUUGGGUCACCAGAACGGUAUGCCGGACUCUCAUCUAAUUCUUGCACGGGACUUAUUGGAUACAUGCUACCAGACCUACAUGAUGAAUCCCACACAUUUGGCAGCAGAGAUUUCUUACUUUGCGCUAACAGAAAAGGAUGAUCAGGACAUUUACGUAAAGCCAAACGAUGCCCACAACCUGCUGCGCCCAGAAUUUGUGGAAAGUCUUUAUUACUUCUAUUCGUUAACUGGCAAUCGCACAUACCAGGACAUGGGAUGGACCAUAUUCCAGGCGUUUGAAACUCACGCCAAAGUAAAUGCAGGCUACACAUCUAUGGGCAAUGUGAAGAACACACAGAACACGCGCCUUCGUGAUCUGAUGGAGAGCUUUUGGAUGAGUGAGACCCUCAAGUACUUCUACCUUCUGUUUAGCGACGACCGUAAGGAAAUCGACCUGGAGCAAUGGGUCUUCAACUCGGAGGGCCAUCCACUUCCGGUCUAUCCGCUCAAGACUUAACUACCGCCUAAGAGAAACAAAUAGAGGACAGCGCAACUUAGUUGCGCCAGCGAAACUAACGAAGUCCACGCAUUUAGGCUGCAACAAUCGUUUAACUCGAAUUCGUACUUUAGCGCAAAUGCCAAAUACUAUGCUAAGCUUAGGGCUGGGCUAGGCACAGUUAGCCAAUCGAAUAAAGCAAUGCCUAACAUUAAGAUGGAUCGAUGAGAAUCAUUUCUAAUCGCAGGGUCAAAAAGUUCAGUAGGUAACAUUUCGUUUACUGCUAUACAAAAAUGUUUAAAAUUUUAACCAAAUAUAUAUAUUCAAGGCCAGCAAUCUUAAUUAUCCGUUAGCUAUGGAAUUAUAUAUUAUUCCAAUAGAAUACACCAUAAUUAUUUGCCCCAGCGAUUUUGAAUGGAAUAACAUCAUCGAUCCAUCCCAUCUUCCUAUUUAACGUCAUUUUAAAAUCGGUAGUGAUCGGUUUUAUAAUAUGCUUUGUACUGAUGUUAUUUUGUAAUAAUUUAUUUCCUACUAUAAGCACCUACUGGAACAUGAUAUUGGGCCAAUUCUAGCCCGUCUUAUUAGCCAGUAGCAUGAGGUUUUAACCUUGUAAUUUCACUUGUAGUUAAUUGUCUAUGUUUAUGUUAUCAUCAUGAUAUUAGGAAGUCAGUUGCACGCAGCACAAAGCCGAUUUGUGUGUAAUUUUAAAUGUACGAAAUAAACGAAUCUCAAAAAAAAUGCGAUGCCAAGAACGUUUUCGAUCCCAUUGUCAACCUGUGGUAUUGAAAACAAACCCGAUAAUAAAAUGCGAUAGUUUUUAAAAGUGUA